AAGCAAAGAAGCUUUACUCAGGAAAUCAGAGCAUUUUUUCUUUUCAAUAAUUUGAAGGGUUUUUUACUUUUCUGACACUGACAGUUCAUCGAGUUGUCAACAUACAUCGUCACACGUUUUUUCUAUAAUUUUCCGAGUUUCCGAUCGCAAGGUUUUUCUAAUUCUACCAAAUAUUUGAUUUUCAUUUUCUCAUCUAACGCGGCAACCUACAGGUUCUUAGUUACUUUCGCUUCUGAAAUAAUAAAAAUAUCUCAAAAAUGAGUAAUUACAGUGUGAUUACUUCCGACUUUGUGAGCGUUUCGAUCACAAAUUCAGGAAAUCAAAUGACAUGUGUUGAACGUAGAUUUCAAAAGGGUAUUACGAUCGAUGACUUUAAGGGCAAACUCGAGUUGUUGACUGGCGGAAGUCCAUCAACAAUGAGUGUCGAAGUUUACGACAAAAAUGAUAAACUCGUAUGCAAAUUGAAUGAAGGAAGUCGCCUUUUAGGGUCAUAUCCUAUCGAAGAUGGCAUGCGAAUUCACGUUGUGGAUAAUUUUGCUCGUCAAGAAGAGGAUUUAUCGAACGUGGAAAAAUUUGAAAUAUCAGAAGAAGAAUAUGCAAAAAGAUCAGACACAGUCAAAGCAUUCCUGGAGAAGAACAGACUGGGAAAAUAUAAUGAUGAGGAAAUGAAACGCAGGGAGGAGGAAAAGAAAAAAGAGCAGGAAGCUGAAGAAGCUUCUGCAAGAUUAUGCAAAAUUGGAGAUCGCUGUGAAGUCUAUGUUCCGAAUCAACCGAAGAGAAGGGCAACGAUUAUGUACGUUGGUAAACCUGAUUUUAAAGAAGGAUGGUGGAUUGGAGUGAAAUACGACGAGCCACUUGGAAAGAAUGAUGGAAGUGUAAGCGGUAAAAGAUAUUUCGAAUGUGCACCAAAAUACGGAGGAUUCGUGAAACCGACACACGUAAAAGUGGGAGACUUUCCUGAAGAAGAUUAUGAUUUGGACGAAGAGAUUUAAUUUCCCUCAGAAAAAGAUCCCUUCACAUUUAAAAAAUCAAUUAUAUUUUUUACGCCCUAGGUUCUAAGAUUAUAUAAAACUUUCAGUUCUUUAAUAAAAAUUCCAGUUCCUUAUA